ACGAGUGCUGUUGUGAGGACUGGUAUGAGUUCACUACAUGUUUGCUUGUUCUUGAGUACAGAAAGAUGCGUUCACCGUAAUUUAGUUUUGUGACAACUUUUGUCCACCAUAGAAUUCAUUAUGCGUGAUCGAUGUCUGCAUACGAUUUUGAUGGUCAAAGUCUUUAAGGUUAUGUGCUUCCCGAGAUUUGACGAUAUGAACAAGGUAGAGAGGUAGGAGGUUAAGGUAGCAAAAGGAUAAUCCUGCGUGCCUCUUUGCUGAAUAUCCAAGCUGCUUGAUUGUGAAGGCUCGUAGGUGUAGGAGCCGCGGGGACAUAUAAUUUGAGACGCUGAGCCACGUAGUUCAGUAGGUCUUUGCAUCUGAUGAUAGUUUAGGAUUCUAGCUGGUGGUUUAUUCAUAUCCUGGUCCAGGUACGUCGGACGUACGCUGCCAGAGUCGCCGAUGCCGACGACUCAACGGAGGAGGUCUACUAGCAAGGAACUUGUUUAGUUAUUUUUAACUGGUCUUAAAAGAAUGUAGCUUGGUCAUCACUCACACACCCCAAGCCCUAGUCCGGCCGUCGACGCUGUAAAACACUGAUGGUGCGGUAUGCUUGAUUUUUUUUAUAGAUAACGUAAAGCUUUUACUAAACUCAGUUAAUUAUAUAAGAUAAUACAAUUCUAUUGAGAAUACUCUUAAUGAAGUAUGCUUGCUAUAAUUGCUACGGACCAGGAUCCUCUCUAUAGUAGUGUAGAUGAGUAACAUAGCUACACUAUUCAGAGAUCUUCUUUUUUCUUUUCUUUUUUUUUGGAUAAUUCACUAUUCAGAGGUCAAUUGUGCUUUAGCAUAUAUAGGCCAUGGGGUAUGCAUUUGGUUGUGAAAAAUACUAAAAACAAAAAUCAAUGUGGAGUAGAGUACCAACAUCUAUCACUCCAACAAAAAAAAAUCGAAGUUUAAACUCUAUCUACGCAUUAAAAAAAAGAUAUUUAGAUGUGAAUAGUACCAACAUUGUUUAUACAUUGGAUUUAUCCUUUUUAUUUACCCAUGCGUGAGUUGAGUUUAGACUUUCUAGAGUGGUAUAUGUAUGUUUUCAAUUUUUUUUGAGAUUUUUCAUAACUAAUAUUUAAAUGGUAUUUGAACAUCCCAUGGAGGGAUUAAAAGAGUUUCUCCUCUACCAUGGCUACUAUAGCAUGUUAUGAUAUUAACCGUACGUCGCAAAUCAAACGGCGUAGAGGGUGGCUUAUGCAACGCAUACUCUAUUGUCCUGUGCGGUUCAUGCAUGAUUCAUCUGCUCGAUCUGUGCGAUCUGAAUUUCCCAUCUUUUCUUUGGUUAGUCGGGAGUCGGGACAAAUUCUUGCGUUCAAGUUCAGUACAUAUACGUAUCUCUCACCCUUGCACUGCGCCGGUACAUUGCUGCAAUUCCACAUGGAGAAACGAAUCUUCAUCAGUUUAUUGACUUGUAUAUAUACGUAGAAUGCGAGGCGAGUUAUCUCGUCGUUUCGGGGUUGCCACAAUGAAGCUAGCGCGAUGAGUCCUCGGGUCAGAAUGUCGGUGGCGCGGUGGCUGCCAAGCAGCCCAGCGCACGGCAAGACCAAGAGCCGGCGCUCGUCGUCGGCCGUGCGCCCGACGCUGCUGGUGAUCGCGGUGACCGUGAUUGCCGUGCUGCUCGUCGCCGUCGUCUUCGGCGGCGCCGGCCGGUGGACGCUCUCCGGCGGCGGGGACACCAGCUGGGUCUCCGCCGGAGCCCGCGUCGUCAUCAACGCCGUGUCCGGCCAACAACGCGACGGCGACGAUCCCGUCGCGGCGGCGGUGGAGCCGCGGAACGACAGGCUCCUGGGUGGCCUCCUCUCGCCGGACUUCGACGACAGCUCCUGCCUCAGCCGCUACCGCGCCGGGCUCUACCGCCGGCAGUCCCCCCACGCUGUCUCGCCGCACCUGGUCGCCUCACUCCGACGCUACGAGUCCAUCCACCGCCGCUGCGGCCCCGGCACCUCCGCCUACGAGCGCGCCGUGGAGCGCCUCCGCUCCCCGCCGCCGUCGAACACCUCCGACGCCGAGUGCAGGUACCUCGUGUGGACGCCGCUCGAGGGGCUCGGCAACCGCAUGCUCACGCUCACGUCGGCUUUCCUCUAUGCGCUCCUCACCGACCGCGUCCUCCUCUUCCACCACCCCGCCGGCGAAGGCCUCAGGGACCUCUUCUGCGAGCCGUUCCCGGGCUCCACGUGGACGCUCCCGGAGGGGGACUUCCCGUUCUCCGGCAUGCAGGGCUUCAACGCGCGCACCCGCGAGAGCCUCGGGAACGCGCUGCGGCGCGGCGAGGGCGCCGCCAAGGACCACCCGCCGCCGCCGCCGCCGUGGAUGUACGUGCACCUGCGGCACGACUACAACCGCAACGCCAACGACCCGCGCUUCUUCUGCGACGACGGGCAGGACGCGCUGCGGCGCGUCGGCUGGGUGGUGCUCCUCUCCGACAACUACUUCGUGCCCGGGCUGUUCCUGGUCCCGCGGUUCGAGCGCGCGCUGUCGCGGAUGCUGCCGCGCCGCGACGCCGCGUUCCACCACCUCGGCCGCUACCUGCUCCACCCGAGCAACACGGUGUGGGGGAUGGUGGCGCGGUACCACGCCUCGUACAUGGCCUGCGCCAACGAGCGCGUCGGCAUCCAGGUGCGCUCCUUCUACUGGGCGCGCAUCUCCACCGACGAGCUCUACGGCCAGAUCAUGUCGUGCGCGCACGGCGAGAACAUCCUCCCCCGCGUGACGCAGCAGGGGCCCAACUUCACCGCCGCCGGAGACCAGCCGCAGCCGGCGGCGCGGCCGGGGAGGCGCAAGGCGGUGCUCGUGGUGUCGCUGCACGGCGCCUACUCCGAGAGGAUCAAGGACCUGUACUACGAGCACGGCGCGGCGGGCGGGGAGUCCGUGAGCGUGUUCCAGCCGACGCACCUGGACCGGCAGCGCUCCGGCGAGCAGCUGCACAACCAGAAGGCGCUCGCCGAGAUGAUGCUGCUGAGCUUCUCCGACGUGGUGGUCACGUCCGCCGCCUCGACGUUCGGGUACGUCGGCCACGGGCUCGCCGGGCUGAGGCCGUGGGUGCUCAUGAGCCCCCUCGACAAGAAGGUGCCUGACCCGCCGUGCCGGCUGGCCGCCACCAUCGAGCCGUGCUUCCAUAACCCACCAAACUACGACUGCCGGACGAGGGCCAAAGGCGACACCGGCAAGAUUGUCCGGCACAUCCGGCACUGCGAGGACUUCGAGAAUGGCGUUCAGUUAGUGGACUGAGCUUUGUUCCAUUUUCUUGCCUAGUUGCCUGGAUGUUCUCAUGGUUCAUUUCUGCUGAGUGUUUACAUCUUACAGCAGUAAGAAAACUGAAAACUAUAAACUGCUGUUAUUAUAGCGUAUAAAGGUCGAUAACAUUUACUGAACUGUAAUAAGUAGUUGCCAAAUGCCAACCGUGCGUUGCACUACAAUUUCAUUAUUAAUGUUGUAAAAGAGGUUGUUUUUUUUAA